AUGUCUGUGACCCGUAGGAUUAUCCAUUCCAACCAGCUCACCGGCACCCUCCCGUCCUCCCUGGGCAACCUCCCGGCGCUCAUCCGCCUUCUGUGCUUCUUCUGUUCACCUCUGUGCCUCCUGCUCCUCCCCUCCCCUCCAUCACCCUCCCUCCGGCCCCCCUUCAACACGGUCCAGCGGUCUGUCUGGCAACCUGUUGACAGGGACGAUCCCGAGCUCCCUUGGAAGGUUGACGAGCCUUCAGUCUCUUUGACCGGAACCCUUCCGUCAUCGCUGGGCAACUGCUCCUAUUUGCUUGAGUUGGAUGUGGGUGGAAACAACAUCUCGGGCACCAUUCCUUCCUUUCUUGGCAACCUGCGUGAAUUGACGACCCUGUGA